GUGAGGCUGGCGAGAGGCGAACAUAGGCCAGGCAGGUUAAGAGCAGCAGAAAUGGAAGGUAUUCGUACCAGUACCUGUAACGGAGAGAAAUUGUAUCACUGCCCAUAUUGCUCCUAUACCACAAAUAAGAAUAUUAAGAGGCACAUUCGAAUGCACAAUGGAGAGAAACCAUUUGCCUGUCCCUAUUGCCACUUCAGAGCCUCGCAAAAGACCCAUUUGGAUGCCCAUAUCCGUAGACACACUGGGGAGAGGCCAUAUACUUGCCCAAUAUGUGGUGUUGGUUUUGCUUUGAGAGGGAGCCUGAAGACUCACCUUUUGAAACAUUCAGAUGUACCUGCAGGACCGCACCCUUGAGAUGUAUGAAACAAGAGGAACCUGUGGAUCUUCAGAGAACUGCUGCUUCUUGGCUUGUCUAAUCCAAUGAGAAAAAAAAUGUAUUGUAGUCCAUACUGUCACUAUGAAAACAACAAGAACAUUAAGCAGCAUACCCACAGUCUCUUUGGGGAAAAAUCCCACACCAAUGUGCUUAUUGCCCCUUCAGAGCUAAACAGAAGACCGAGAUGAGGAACCAAGGGCAGACUCACAUGGCUAGUUGCCAUCUUUGUUGACAGAAAUUGGGUGUCAGUGCAACUCUUGAGGUACGCAUUAUGACCCACACAGGAAAAAAGCCUUAUGAUAGCCCCUUCUGCCCACCUAAUUUUGCCUGGAGUGGCUCUGUGAAAAGUAAUACCAAGGGGACCACCCCCUCUAAAGAAAGAGAGAGAGCAUGAGAGAAAGAAGAAAAGAAAUACUGUUACUUUGCCAUUUCCCAAGUAAAUUGCACUGAUUUUAAGAUACUGAUAUGCAAAUCUCCCCACACAUUGUUUAAUAAUAGACAUGGGCUAUAUGCUUUUCUUUUUUAAAGUUUGAAAAGUUACAUAUUUACAAACCGAGUUGAUUAAAAUAGAGCGUGAGAAAAGAGGAAUGCAGCCUCUUACAAGUGUCUUUGUUGCUUGUGUGACUUUCUUCAUGAGUUGUUUGUAAACAGGCAAUGGAUGUACAAAUACAAAAAUCGAUUUUCAUACUUGAUGUAAAUAAUUUUCUAAACUAGCAUGCAGCAAAUCAUUUGAAUUAAUCAUAUUUGGGUUAGAAAAAGUGAAGCUAUUUUCAUUCAUGUGUAUUUCAGUGUUAAAAAAAAUAUACAUUAAUUAUGAAACUUUAAGAAAGAAAGAAAGAAAAGGACAUGGGGAAACAUGAAAUUGUAAGUUUAUGCAUCCUUACCAGUUGCAGAUUGGACAAUUUGUUUAGAUGAAAGUCUAGUAUGUUGUUCUGGCUAAGAGGAUGUUUGCAGAAGAAAUGAGUCUUGCUCUUAAAGUAACAGUUCUUGCCAUUGUAAAUUUCUGAAAUAUUUAAAUAAUAUAUUUCUGUGAGAGCAGAUUGAAAGUAACCUUGGAUGUACUAUUAAAACUUAUUAAAAGUUCCUUACCUCUUAAGAGCUACCCUUUACAGAAGUUAAGCCCUUAAUUUUGGUAUUCUUAAACAGACACUGCAUACCCUCAGCUUCCUCUCGGCCAUUGGUAAUAUUGAUAUAUGUAGGUGCAAGUGGGAAAAAUAAUGGAUAAUAAAACACAUGUCAUCAAACUUUGAAAAGAAAGAAAGAAAAAAAAAGUGACUGUCCUUAAAAGUGUCCCUCCCAAAUAACCAACAGUACGAAUCAUCAGGAAGGGUAUAGAUAACAUAAAACCAGAUAAUAUGAAUAUUAAAAUUGCAUGGUACAGUAUUGUGCCAGCUCAAUAGAUGGUGCUUGGGACUGAAGCAGGGCACAAUUUUUUUAUGGCAGGUUUCUGAUAGCUUUUAAGGUGGUGACACACUUGGAUUUUUUCAGCAUAAUAUUUUUGCUGGCACAAUGGAAACUGGUCUUUUUAGCACAUACAGUCACACUAAUGGUAAGAACCAUGGAACCAGUAUAUUUGCUGCUAGCCCCUGCUCUCAGUCGGGGGGGGAUGGACAGCCAACUAGUUGCCAUGUACUUUUUAAAAUCAAGAAUAUAAGAAUUUUGCGAAGCAGUUUAUACUACAUAUACUUCAGAUUGUCUCUUUGUAAUAUAAAUAGAUUUGUUUUGCAUUACCAUAGUGACUAUCAAUUAUAGUUUAUGAAUUGAACAGAAAGAGCCAUGGGAAAAUAUGCCUGCAAAAACAAGUCAUCACAUAACUGGGAACUAUCACAUUCAGGUAAAAUGCCAGUGGUAGUGAGAAAAUGCGAAAGAACCAGGGAAACUGUGUUAGUGUGACACCCCCUUUAGCAAAAUUCUGAAAAAAGGUGUAUUUUAGUGUUAUGUUUAGUUUUCUGGCUUGUAGGUAUUAUCAUGCAUAAAAGUUUUUAAGUUAUAAAGCAAAAUUAUAGACAGGAAAAAAAGGGAUAAAGUCAAUUUUACAUCCACUGAUUACCAGUAAUGCGUGUUUAAUGGGAUGGUAAGAUUGAGGGCAAGGAAUAACAGAUCUCAUGUAACGGUUUCUUAAUGAAGAAAAUGAUGCACCCAUUUGGCACAGCCUCAUGUACAUAGAUAGAACAGAAAAAAGAGACAAAGUGUAAAAUAGUAAAGUUAUUUGGUCUCAUUCUAUAAUCCAUAUUUUGUUGCCUUAAACUAAUUUUCCUAUCAUUUUAUGAAAUAGGACUUGAGAAAUUCAUUGUCUAGGAGAGUGGUGACUUCAACUCCACAAAAUUAUUUUUGGACAUUUUGAGCUAAUGAGUGAUUCUUGAAUGUCAGGUCACAUUUAUUGUAGUUGAACAGUGUAUAUUAUUGGGAGUAUUAGGGUAUACAUUUUUGCAGAUCUUGAAAAGGAGAGUUUUAUCAUGAACACAAAUAUAAAUUUGAAAUUUUACGUCAGGGCUUCAGUAAAUGUCUCUCUGGAAGUGCAGACUAAUAAAACAAUUGUAAAUGUUAAGAAAUAUUGUCACUUAACUGUUUUAUCAAAAACCAAACUGACUUCAGCAGAUCCCUACCAUCCAACCUCCACAGCAUACUGUUGAAAGUCAAGGGAUGCCAGAACUAUAUAAAACUCAAAAUGUCCAAAUUAUGUGUCUGGCAGUUCAGAGGGAAGAGAUUUUUCAUUACAUGGGAAGAAAAUUUAAGCUUGUGUCUGUUGCCCAUACCCAGCUGCCCAGAGGCAAACUUAUCUAGAUAUUAAGCCACAAAAGUGGAUCUGCAGUAGUAGCUUAGUGUGUACUUGGUGAUUGUUCAUGGUAGUAAUCUCUCUUGUACUCACACACAUACACAUACAACAGCUUACUCUCACUUGCUAAUGCCUGCACCCAUGCCCAUGCCUCCAUCCACACCCACACACUUGCACUCACGCUCACACAUUACACAUUACACAUUACACAGUACACAUCAAACACCAAAUAUCACAUAUCACAGACAUGCACAUGCACAUACACGCACAUGCAAAUGCACUUGUGCUCAUGCUCACACUCAUAUAUACACUCACACUCACUCUCACACUCAUGCUCAUUCACUCACUCACUCACUCACUCACUCACUCACUCAUACACACAGACACUCAGACAAGCAUAGAUACCCACUCAUGCACACAGACAUGCCCAGACACCCACAAACAAACACAUGCACCAGCACACGUACAUGUACACGCGUCUCAGGAGUCAAAGGGGAGAAAUUAGAUUUAAUGUCAGUUUUUAGGUAUUUUUCUAAAUGAUCAGUGUUUUAUUUUUGUCAGAAAGGAAAUUGACAUAGAACCUCCUGCGUUUGAGAAUACCACAUGAAUUAAAUGUAACAUUAGGAUGAGCAAAAUAUAGUGUUGGAUGGGAUAGACGGAUAAAUUUUCCUGCUAUAUAUACAGUACCAAAAUAAUGUGCUGAGUUUGUAGUGGUAUUGCAAUAAAGUAGCCUAGUUAAAAGCCA